AUGGCCAGAGAAAUCAAGGAUAUCAAGGAAUUCGUCGAAUUAGCCAGAAGAGCUGACAUCAAGUCUGCUGUUGUCAAGGUCAACAAGAAGAUCAACGCCAACGGUAAGAAGUUCAAGCAAACCAAGUUCAAGGUUAGAGGUUCCAAGUACCAAUACACUUUGGUUGUCAACGACGCUUCCAAGGCCAAGAAGUUACAACAAUCUUUACCACCAACCUUAAAGAUCACCAACUUGUAA